AUGGUAGAGCUUUCAAAAAACUAUGGUGUCUUCUCCUUCCUCAUCUUUCUCUUGCUCUCACUUGCCUCACAACUUUCCUUAGCUAGGCCUUCCAAAGAACUCAAACCAUGCAAGCACAUCGUGCUCCACAUGCACGACGUAAUCUUCAAUGGCAAUAACUCGGUCAACGCGACCGGGGAGGCUGUCACGAGUCUGGUUGGACUUGGGCAUUUUUUCUUUGGCCAGGUAUUCAUCCUCGACAAUCCGAUGACGAAGGACCAGAACCUGCUAACCCCUCCAGCGGUACGGGCUCAGGGUUUCUAUUUUCACUAUAUGAAAACUGGUCCGUGCGCCGGGAUGGCUUUUACCUUGGUUUUCAACUCGACUGAGUCUAAGGGCACCAUAGACGUCAUGGGGUCCAAUUAUUUCCCGGCAAAGACUAGGUAUCUCUCGGGCGUCGGUGGAACCGGGGAUUUCUUCAUGGCGAGAGGGAUUCUCGAGAUCGAGACAGAUGGUAUUGUUCCAUUUGAGUAG